GUUUGGUAGGGCGUAAAACCUUUUCCCGGAAAACACUUUUCCGAGUUUUACGCUGUUUGGUAUGGGCCAGAUGUCUGAUGUAAAAGUUGGGCUGAAAAUGAUUUUACAUAUCACUGAAAACGUUUUCCCCCAAAUAAGAAGGGAAAACAGUUUUCAGUUUCUUAUUCGCUCGUUCCCAAAAGCAAGCCUUCUACUCUCUCGUUCCCAAAUCAAAGCUCUCUCCUCUCAGAUCUCCUCCUCCUCCUCUCAGCGUGGGGUACUUCAAAUCGAAAUAGGUAUUUUCCUCUUCUCUAUUCUCUCUCUAUUAUCUGAUAUAAUUUGAUUUAGGGUUUUUAUUGUGUUCAACUUUAUUGUUUUUGGGUGUUUUUGCUCAAAAUUUGGUCUGAUUGAUCUCAGCACAAUCUAGUACGGGAAUCAAAUUAUACUUGGUGAUUGUUUAUUAAUUAAUGAUGAUGAUGAAAAGUUUGGCUAUAUGCUGGUGUAAUGUGUUAGCAAAUUGCAUCAAAAAAUACAGUUAAAGUUGUGAAUUAUUGCAAAUCCCCUGUGUUCAAAGCAUUAACCAUUGGCUUCCGCGAACUUAUAAAUACUGAGGAAAUGAGGAGGGGAACGAUUUGGAUAUAAGGCUUCUGUUUUAAAAAUCAAUCAUAUUAUUUUGUGAUAAUUUGUAUCCUUGGAGUGUUCUUCCCUCAAAGUGUUUGAUGAAAUGCCUCAAUGGGUUUUUUUUUCCAUAUUUUGUAUGUUUGUAUCAUACCCUUUAAGUGUUUGAUGAAUUGCCUCAACUAAUACUUGUUUCUUUUUGUCUGUUGAUUAUCAGAUUGUAUGCUAGCAUGGAGUCGGAUCACGGAGUAUCAACUCAAAGUUCAGUUCAGAUGACCCGUGAAUUAAAAGGUAUGAUUGUUGGUGCUGUGGCAACCAUUAUUGGUUAUGUUCUUGCUUUUCUUGAAGUUUAUAAGUCUAGAAAUAGAGGGCCUAGAAUAAUAAGGCAACCUUACGUGAAUAGGGAUAGUUUGAGGGAGGCUAAUAUCAAUAGUAUUCUAUAUUGUGGUGAUACUCAUUGUCUAGGACAGAUUCGUAUGAGACCCGCUGCUUAUUUUAGCUUGUGCAAUAUUUUAGUUGAGAGGGGACUACUGUGGGAGUGUCGUCAAAUGAGUGUGAAGGAGCAAGUACUUGUAUUUUUACACUUGUUGGGACAUAAUGUAAGGUUUCGAGCAAUUGGAGGGAAGUUUUUUAGGUCAACUUGGACCAUACAUCAGUAUUUUCACAUUGUGCUUAAAGCUAUCCUUCGAUUGUACACAGAAUUUGUGAAACCACCAACAACUACACUUCAACCAGAAAUCCAAAACAACCCUAGGUUCUUUCCAUGGUUUGAGGAUUUCAUAGGAGCUAUAGAUGGAACACAUGUACGUGCAUCUGUUCCUAUUGAGAUGCAAGAUAGAUUUCGCGGUAGGAAGGGUGGGACGACACAAAAUGUAUUAGCUGCUGUUGAUUUUGACCUUAAGUUUACUUAUGUUCUUGCUGGUUGGGAGGGUUCUGCGCAUGAUUCGAAGGUCUUAGGUGAUGCACUAAGAAGGGGGUUCAAGGUUCCACAAGGUAUUUGUUGUCUCUUAUUUUUUGUAGUUGUAGAUUGAUUGAUAAUUUGGUAAUGAUUUGCGAUUUUAUUUACAUAUAUAGGAA